GUGAUCAGCCGCCCAGGAGGGCCGCUUACAAAGAGGUCACUAACUGGAGCCCCUUGCAUUUCCGCUUGUACCUGGUUACCGUUUACGGCUUCUGAUGACCUUCCCUUUCACGACCUCAUUUUUCCCCUAGGACCAGGCGCAAGUGCCGGUGCAGUCCCUGAACAACUCCGCCUUUUCUUUACACGCACAGAUUCUACCAAUCCACUUUGCUCUUUGUUCGUCUCUCCACAUAGUCACUCAUCGAGUUGUUCUUGACAACCUACGCACGAGGACUGCCUGUAUACAUGGGUCCUCCUCUCCUGCCCUUCCCUGGCUCAAGCAGCAUCUCUGGUAUUCCAUGGUCUUGCCUCCAUUCCUUGCUUGGCUGGUUUAGAUUUGUUAGAGUAUGUAAAGGGGAAGCCCGGGUUGAGUGUGGAGGAAGUGGGUCCUUCUGAGCCAGCUAGACCCUGGAGAGUGGAGGGAGGAGGGCUAAGACAGCGGCUUUCUCUUCCCCUUGGCUGUGAGAAGAGCUGGAUGUUUAGCAGACUGUCUGUCUCCACUUGGUUUCUGGUGAUAUUCUACAGAGGUGGGAGGAAGGAUAAAGGGAGAAUACAUUCCACACACACUCCAGAUUGCUCGACGAAGCUCUGGAUUUCCCUGUUCCGUUCUGCUCCUCCCCUGGGAGAAGGGCCCUGCUGGGGCUCUGAGGCAACCACCCGCUUUGCACUUGGCCCCAGGAGCAUGAAGAGGCUGUGGUGUUUGCUCUGUGGAUCAUCUGUUCUCAGCCCAGGUGGGGGCCCCCCCCCCCCCGUGCAGGGUUGGGCAGGAGAGCAGCUGCACGUCACCUUGGUGGCUGUGAUAUUAUCUGGGGCCUAACGGUUUCUUCUGGGUAGGCACUUCCGCCCUCCUGCCUGUGGAAUCCGAAGACUCAUGCUGCUCUCUCUGAGUGGAAAGGAGCCCCCAGCUCUAAGAAGGAGAGGAAAGUCACCCUGACCUGGAGGCACACACCUGUCACUCCAGUAUCAGGGAGCUGAGGCAGGGGGAUCAAAAAUUCAAGAUCAUCAAGACAUUCCUUUCUUGCUUCCAUCUUUGUUUUAGAACCCUUCUUGCAGCUAUGUAGAUAAGAAUAUGGGAACUCUUUCUCUGGGCCCCAGAAUGUAUGGAUCUAAAUAGAAGGACUAUGGGUUGCUUGUCCGUCUGAACCCUGUGCAUGAGACAAGCACUAUUAAAAAAGCCGCUCUUUCCAGAGCAUCAGCUGCACUGUAAAGAUGCAGAAAAUGAAGAUCAGGUAAGUGGGCUUUUCUAAAGGAGCACAGCCAGAAAGCAGCGGGCUAGAGUCUAACCCCGGUCUGCUUCUGAAAACACAGGUCUUGCCCCCAUGCUGAGUUCAAUGAACUACAGUCUGCCCUGACAUCAUGGUUUACAAAGUAAGGUUUAGAAGGCCUGUGACCUCAAAGUCCACAGACCAACCGUGAUGAGAAGCAGUCAGGACAGCCUUCUGCAGUGUGGGCGAGUUCUCUGAUGGUUUCCGGUAGUGGUAGUGGUUUCUCUUCGGGCUCCUUGCAUAGGUGCAGCACCAACGUUCACCUGUCCUGUGGUCCGGCACCGUGUUGGUUCUCUCUCUCCCCUGCGUAGCAGCAGGUCCUGGUUUGGAGGACAAAGUUGAGGGAUGCUGUAAGAAGGCGCACAGGCAUCCUUGUCAGCCAGUCCCCUGAAGGCAUUUCCCUCCGGGAAAUGGGAUCCAGAAGGGGCACCUAGAGCUAUAAUCCAGCAGCAGACAAUUGCCCUGGCACAGAUUCAAAGACGCUACAUCCCUCCCACACAGGCUUUUUGCUGUCCCGAGAGCUGUACAAACCGACCUCCCUUGGGGAGAGUUGCUAAGCUGGGCUUAUGUGAAUCGGAUGCUUAGGACCGUGCCCUUUGCUAUAUUUAAUAGGAAUGGAGAAAAGGUCCUUUAGCAAGCAGCCUGUGGGAGCAGAUAUUCCCACAAACCCCAGGCAUGCACGCAUCAGGGCAGAUGUGAAGAGAAGCUUGCUGCUACAGGAAACUUGAAAAAUUUGCUUGGGUUCCUCUCUCCCUCCUUCCCUCCCUCCUUUCCUCCGUCCCUCCACCCCUCCUCCACAGAAAGAUAACAUCGACAACCUGAUAACUGUUUCUUGCAAUCGGAAUCCUGGAGGGUGGACAGUUAAAGAAGUGUCAAAACAAAGGUAUUCUUAUUAGGCUACUGAAUCCAGGAAAGCUAGGUACGAGGCUAAGUAAUAAAGAGAAGGAUGUGGAGGGGAAGAGGAAGAGGCUGCAAAGAUGGGUAUGAAAAGAAGGAAAUGGCAAAGAGAAAAAGAAUGAAAAGACAAUUCUAAUGUGAGGGGCAAGGAAAAUAAAGAAGGCAGGCUAAAAGAGGGAGAGCUGAUGCGGUCUGAAAACGUGCAAAGCCCGGGGUCCUGAGAAACUUCGCGAGAAAGGGGGCGCGGUGCUGCCCAGCCCAUGUUUGGGCAGAUUAAUGGAGUCGUGGCUCCGGCUCUUGAGUCCUGCCCUGGAAGGGACAGUAUCUGUUUAGAUUUGUGUCUAAAUUUAAACCCGAUCCGGCCUCCCUCCCUGCUCCCCUCCAUUGCCCUCCCCUCCUCCGGCGUCCCUCGGUCCCUCCCUCCCUCCUCCUCCUCCUCCUCCUUCCUCGUUCUCUGGCGCAGGGCCCCCGACCGGGACAGUCCCGCAGCCGAGCGCAGCCAGGCGCGCGCCGCCGCCCACUCGCCCUGUGCCGGCUGCAGUCCGAGAGAGUGGCCCGGGCUGGGAGCGGAGGGGACAGCGGGGAUCGCGAGCUCCUGCCCGAGCGAGCGGGCGUAUCCGCCGCCGGAGGACUACCUGGAGGACAUGGAGGAAAGAGCCGCAGAGACUAACUCCAAUGUGGACAGCUCAGCACAGCCUUCCGUGGCUCAGCUGGCUGGGCGGUUUCAGGAGCAAGCAGCUGUAGCCAGGGAGACACCAGCCAGUAGACCAACCAGAAGGAGACCACCCUGCUCUCUCCCCCUCUUCCCCCCCAAGGUAGAGCUGGGCCAGAAUGGUGAGGAGAAAUCACCAUACAGCGCCAGCCACCCACCUAAAAUCAAGGUGAAGAGCUCACCUCUGAUUGAGAAGCUUCAGGCCAACUUAGCCUUUGACCCAGCAGCUCUUCUGCCUGGGGCUUCACCCAAAAGUCCUGGACUCAAGGCCAUAGUGUCACCAUUUCACAGUCCCCCUUCCACACCCAGUAGCCCUGGCAUCCGGUCUCAGCCAGGUGAGGCAGAAGAGGUGCCUGUGAGCUUUGACCAGCCCCCAGAAGGUACUCACCUGCCCUCUUACAAUAAGGUGCGGACAAGAGGCUCAAUUAAAAGACGUCCUCCCUCCCGGCGAUUCCGACGGUCUCAGUCAGACUGUGGGGACCUUGGAGACUACAGGGCUGUGGAACCAUCUCAGGAAAAUGGUACCAGGGAAGAGAACGGGGAUGAUGUGUUCCCUAGCAAGAACAAGGCCCCCGGGUCUCCCCCACCCAACCAAGAGGCCUUGGGAGAUGGGGUGGAGGGAACCCCGGGGUCUGCAGAAAAGCCUCCUCGAAGGAGCAACAGCAUGGAGAAGCCAGAAGAGCGGGUCGGGACCCCAGAGGAGGCCAAUGCAGGAGACAAGGCUGGACAGAAUCCAGACACAGCUGGCCAGGGCGGUCUGGAGGCCCCAGAGCCCCCCCAAACCAGUACAGAGGCUAAGAAUGGGGCAGCAUCCGGAGAGCAUACAGACACUGAGAAGGCCACAGAAGGGACAGCCUCUGAGGAGAGUGUGGCAGAUGAAGAGGAGGGGUUUGGACAGAAAAUCACAGAUGCGAAGACACCAGAGGAGGGAGCAGCCAGGGAGAAGGCCCCUCAAAGUUCUUCUGGGAGAAUAGAGGGUAGCGUUGUCCCCGAGCUGGAGACAAAGCAAAAGGAGAGGGCAUCUCUAGAGCCCGGCUGCAGCCCAGGGGUCGACAGUGUCCCAGUAGAGACCAGCGAUGAGAUCCAGAAUGAUCACGAAGUCUCCACGGAUGACAUCCCCAUCGAGGACACUCGAAUGUGAUGAAGAGCUCAUGGUGCCGGUGAUGAAACCACUGGAGACAUCUCCUUGGAAAUGGCAGCAACAGCAGCAGCAGCAGCAGCAGCAGCAGCGCAUGAAGCCACUACAGAAGCAGAAUCCACAGGGAAUCUGGAGUCAGCCCAGGAUGCAGGGUGGACCAUGCCCUGUAGGCCGCAGCAAAUGUCUUCUCUUUGGAGAUUAGAGUUGACGGCGGUAGAGUUUUAUCAACUUCAGUGUGUGUCCCUUGACGGACUUGACUCAAAGUAAAACAUAUUUAAAGCAGCGAUUUGCCGUGGUGACGAACGACUCACUCCUCAGCAUUACUGGUCAUCCUCUUUUUUUUGUUUUUUUUUUUUUUUUUUUUUGGUUUUUUUCGAGACAGGGUUUCUCUGUGCAGCUUUGCGCCUUUCCUGGAACUCUCUUUGGAGACCAGGCUGGCCUCGAACUCAGAGAUCCACCUGGCUCUGCCUCCCGAGUGCUGGGAUUAAAGGCGUGUGCCACCACCGCCCGGCUUACUGGUCAUCCUCUUGACCCCCCACCUCUUCCUGCAGCUGACCCCCGACUAGGCUCUGGUUCAAUUUCUGUAAAGUUACAGCCUUUUCCAUUGUUCUAAACUUUUUAUGGUUCUCAGAUGUAACUUAAAACUAACUUGAGGUAGAUAGAGAAGAUUGACUUGUGGAAAGUAAAAUCCUCUAAGUUACAGAAGACCUGAAAGCAUAUCAAAGCCCUCAAGACGAUCUUUCCAGGGGGGGAAGGGCCAACCAAUUUCAAAAACAUUAGACUCCAAGAGAUAUUUAUUAGAACAUUUCAAAACUUGUUCCUGUCUGUUCCAAGGGCUGGCGCGUUUCUGGUCACGUAAUCUGGCUGAUAACAAGGAGUGGUGACUGGUCCCUCUCAUCCCCCACCAAGAGGAGAUGGUGCAGGAACUCCUGUGGAGAGGCAGGAUGCUCAGCCAGGCUGCUUUGUGCUUCAUUUCCUCCCCUGAAGGUGCAACAGCAGUAUGCCUACGUGAUGCUGCAAGCAGGAUUGCAGUCUCCCAAGGCUACACUUGAACACGGUCCGACCUCUGGGAGGUGCCUUUAGUGCCCAGGGUUCAGCUCACCUUCUGAAAGCAUCCCUCUUAGCUUCUCUAGAAAGCUUGUAUUUGUUUGAUUUUGCUUUUUCUUUCUUUUUCCCUUUCUUUUUUUUAAUAUCACCAUGUAGCCUUCAACUCACUAUGUAGCCUGGGCUGCUCUUGAACUGCCUCUGCCUCUGGAUUGUAGGUAUGCAUCACCAUGUCAGGUUCUCAGUAAGCAUUUCUCAAAGCCAAGGCCAGGUUCUUCUCCUGGACUCAGGAGGUCUGAAUUGGGGUCUUCAGUUUGUUUUUUAUCAGGAACUUUUGCUUAGUGUUCUAUCUGGAGAUGAAGGAGGGUUUGUGGGAAUGGAGGGUCUGAUUAUCCAUCCCCCUGCUCAUAUCCACACCCCUCUUCAUGCACUCCUGCUGAAGAAAUGUUAAAUAAGUGAUAAAUCUUCAGGGUUGGUCCUUAUUCUGAGUUGACUAUGUCUCAGGGUACAGACCUGCCUUCUAGAGGGAUGGUUUUCCCAGAAGUCCAUUAGACCACACCAACUCUGGCUUCAGAAAACGGUCUCACAGACUUAAAAAGGCCAACGUCACUGGUGGUACCUCAGUUUUCUCAUCCAGUCUAUAGGUUUUCUGAUAGUGUUAAUAUGUGAGAUACAUUAUUUUUCAAAACAGUUUUCAAAAUAGUUUGUAAGUUGUAAUAAACUUGUGACCUGGUCAA